AUGGAUGAUCCUCUGUUUUACAACGAUUUGGAAUAUGGUUCUUCAUUGCUUCAAUCAUCAUCGAUUACUAAAAGUGAUCGUUAUGCAACAUUGAAUGGAAAAUUGCAUGGAACAACGAAAGAUGAUGAUAUGGAGCGAAAUAUGAGUGGAAAUGGACGGAAUGAUAAUUUCGAGAUGCGAAGUAUUUUGAAGAACAAUAAUCAUAUUAAAUAUGAUAGCUAUUAUACACCCACUGCUAUACAAUAUCAAUGUAAUCAUAUGGAUCAUAAGCAAAAUUGCUUCAAUCGUAUAAUGCGUCCAUGUGCAGCAGAAUUUAUUGCUGUAUUCUUAUGUAUUUUCAUUGGAAAAAUGAUGGAAAAUGAAUUAACGGUUCAUGUUACAUCAUCCAACACCGAACGAAUCAUUCUACAAGCACUUACUGAUUCAGUGGUUAUGCUUGCAAUGGUUACAGCUUUUCAAACUGUACAUUUGAAUCCAGUGAUUACCUUGGCUGAAUUCUUUGCCCUUACUACUGCUUGGCCAAUGUGUUGUGCUAUGAUUAUCAUGCAGAUACUUGCAUCAGCAACCGCUAUUGCUAGUUUUGCGAUGUUUCGAUUUGGUGGUUCAGAAUUGCAAAUGUCCAUAAUCAUACCUGAUAUUACCGCUGAUCGCAUUGGUGCUGCAUACCAUUUAGUUCUUUCUCAAUUUAUCGGUACUUUGCUAGUUGUCAUUACUCAUCUUCUCAUAACUACACGAACAGGUUCCGGAUUAACAACUAUAGCACGACCUGGUGACACUCCUCUCUCUGUUGUUGCCGCUGUGUUUGUUUCAUCACUACUAUGUCUAUCGAAUUCAACCAUAGGAUGGAAUCCUUUACUUGCAUUUGCAUUAGCAAGUUACGCCAGCAUUGAUUACAAUUUCGGGCCUCUGCAAAUGCAAGGGAUAUUCUGGAUUGGACCUUGUUUGGGUUCUCUUUUUGCAUGCUUCUUAUAUAGAUUACUGUUUGCAACUAAAGAAUCUCGUUUAAUAAAGUGCACCGCGUGGAGUGGAAAUGAUCAUUUAUAG